GGAGCCAGUUUGACAGCUUUUGCUACAAAGCCGGGCAUCAAGGCAGUCAGAGGCUAGCUGAGUCGGCUCUCUCGUCUGUGCAUCUACAGGCCAAGCUGUCGCCUGCCUCUGUCCGGUUGUCCCUUUGCUAUCUCGAUGGACUCCCCAAGAUUCCCAGAGGAAACUGUCCUCAUAACAGGAGGAGGCGGAUAUUUUGGCUUCCGCCUCGGCUGUGCUCUGAACCAGAAAGGGAUUCAUGUGAUUCUGUUUGACAUCAGCCAACCUGCCCAGAACCUUCCAGAGGGAAUCACAUUCAUCCGUGGAGACAUCUGCUGCCUCUCUGACGUGCAAACAGCCUUCCAGGACACUGACAUUGCGUGUGUGUUUCACAUUGCCUCUUAUGGUAUGUCUGGGAGGGAGCAACUGAACAAGACCCUGAUUGAAGAGGUCAAUGUGGGUGGCACAAACAACAUCCUCCAGACUUGCCUGGAGAAAGGUGUGCCCAGGUUAGUUUACACAAGCACAUUCAAUGUCAUCUUUGGAGGUCAAGUCAUCAUAAAUGGGGAUGAGUCUCUGCCUUACCUGCCUCUUCACCAGCACCCAGAUCACUACUCCCGGACCAAAUCCAUUGCAGAGAAGAAGGUGCUGGAAGCCAAUGGCUUGGCCUUCAAGCAAGGCCAUGGCGUCCUUAGAACCUGCGCACUAAGGCCAGCUGGCAUCUAUGGGGCCGGAGAACAGAGGCACCUUCCCAGGAUAGUGAGUUACAUUGAGAGGGGCCUGUUCAAAUUUGUAUAUGGGGAUCCCGAUAGCCUAGUUGAGUUUGUCCAUGUGGAUAACCUGGCAAAGGCUCACAUUCUGGCUUCUGAGGCUCUAAAAGCUGAUAAGGGCCACAUUGCCUCUGGGCAGCCCUACUUCAUCUCAGAUGGUAGACCUGUGAAUAACUUUGAAUUUUUCCGGCCACUGGUUGAGGGCCUGGGCUACACGUUCCCAUCCCUCCGCCUGCCACUCACCCUCAUCUACUGCUUUGCUUUCCUAGUGGAGAUGACCCACUUCUUUCUGGGUAGGCUCUACAACUUCCAGCCUUUUCUCACCCGCACUGAGGUGUAUAAGACUGGCGUCACACAUUAUUUCAGCUUAGAGAAAGCCAAGAAAGAGCUGGGCUAUGAGCCUCAGGCAUGUGACCUGCAGGAGGUAGUGGAGUGGUUUAAAGCCCGUGGUCACGGCAGAAGGUCUGGAAGUGAAGACUCGGGGUUUAUUCUAUGGGAUGGAAUUCUGGUCCUCCUCUUGGCUCUAUCUCUUCUUACCUGGUUUCCUUCUUCCACAGUUCUGUCUGUGUGAAGGGAAAACAACACAUAGGAGCUGAGCCUACUCCCUGGGAUGGGUUUCAAGAAUGCAGGUUUUUAAAGAUGUUUCACUUUAUUUGGUACCACUCCUGGGGUCUUCAAAUUCCUACUUAACAAUGAGUUGUUAAACUCCAUGGCCAGGGAUGGGCUACCUCCUUGUAAGCUGUUGGUCAGGGAUGUUCCUGAGGCUUCCAAAACAAUGUUGGCUGUUGCCAAUGCUCUUAGUUGCCCACCAGAACUAGAUAGUAAGACUCUAUUACAGAAGGCACCCUAUACUUUAACUGCAGCACGUUUAAAAAAAAAAAAAUCAAGCUGAAACUAAACUGGAUGCAUCCUCUCUGCUUGCUAAAGUCCAUAGUGCCCGAAGGUUCUGUGCAGGCUGCUGAAGGAGAACAGUCUUACUCAGCUGUAGACCCUGCAUACUGCACUACCAAUGCCAGGCAAGGUGUAACCUCUGGCACAGUAGUGGCAGGUCUGUUAGGGUAAUAACCAACUACUUCCUAAUUAGAUUGGAGACCAGCUCCAUGGAAAGGAGUUUGCUCCUGGUACUGCAAACCUGGCCAGCAGCUCAUGGCUAGAGAGGUCAUAGCCAAGUGAGGCCUACGACUGUUGCUUUGUUAGACAGAGAAGUUGUGCCCAUAAAGCCAUUUCCUGUACGUUUAUGUUUCUACCCAUAGAUGAGUGCUACUCUCGGCUGUGAUCAGAGAAGCACCUCUCUGUAGCGGUCAGCAGUUACCUUCAGAGACUCAUAACUGGUCAAAGUACUGAGAGUAAGUGAGUGCUGGAUGUUCAUUCAUAGACAGGACAUCUGUAUCACCUCCUCCAAGUCUCAUGGGACUCUGCAGCUAAAGCAGUGGGGAGAAUUAAAAGCUGGAGGAAGGAGAGGGAUGUUGGGGAGUCUGUCUUCUGAGAGUGACAUGGCCACUGUCCUCAUGAACUGAUGGUAGCUAUGACUGCCUUAUCUAGACCACACAAGGUGGGACCUGGCACCAUUCUG